CUCUUUUAUGAUAUGCAAUGUAUGUAUGUAUAUGUCUGUGUGACCAUUUUUAGUUGCAGUGAAAGAGAAAACUGAUCACUUUCAUUAACCCUUUUUCUUCUCAAUUUUCUCUCCUCCUCCAUUUCAGACUAUACACUUUCGUUUCUUCCUUCCUUUCUUUCUUAUCAAAUUGAAGGGUUUAGAUGGGUUUAAGGUGUAUAAUAUUGGGUUGAAGUUUUGAGAUAGAAUUAAGGACGAUUUUUCCACAAUGGAAGGAGGACAGCUCGUGGAUUCGAACAUUCAUGGAUUCCACACUUUGCAAGAUUUGGAUGUUCCAACCAUCAUGGCUGAGGCCCCGAGCAGAUGGCUUCGCCCGAAUGAAAUUUAUGCAAUGUUGUCCAAUUACAAAUAUUUUACCAUCCAUGUCAAGCCAAUGAACUUACCUAAAGGUGGCACUAUCGUACUAUUUGAUCGUAAGAUGCUUAGGAACUUUAGGAAAGAUGGUCAUAACUGGAAGAAGAAAAAGGAUGGGAAGACUGUUAAGGAAGCUCACGAACACUUAAAAGUUGGUAAUGAAGAAAAGAUACAUGUGUACUAUGCACAUGGCCAGGAUUCCCCAACCUUUGUUCGGAGGUGUUAUUGGCUACUUAAUAAGAGUCUAGAGCACAUUGUCCUUGUUCAUUAUCGAGAAACACAAGAGUCGCAGGGAUCUCCAAUCACUCCUUUGCAUACACCUGUAUAUUCACAUUCUAGUUCUUCGCCUGAUCCACAUGCUCGAAUUUUAUCAGAUGAACUUGAUUCUGGUACUAAAAAUGCACAUUAUGACGCUGGAGAAGAACAUUUAGAGUCUGGGAACACUUCAACUGACAAAAUUUAUGAGCAGAGCCUACAUGAUAUUAAUACACUUGAAUGGGAUGAACUUCUUGAUCCAAAUGAUCCGAUUAACUCAGCAUUGGGAGCACAUACAGUUUCAUGCUUCAACCAGCAGAAUCAAGGUGUUGGAAAUGGCUUCUCGAGUGGUGGAGCUAUGCACUCUUCUUUUGAUCAUUCGACCAAUCCGAAUGCUAUGAGUGGCAACAUGCCUGGUGAUCUCCAAAACAGUGUUUAUGUUCAGAAUAUGGGAGCCCAAAUGAAUUCAGAUUUCCAGAAAAGGGAUUCUGUUGGAGUUGUUACUGGUGAGUCAGACCUUUUGGCUAACAAUGGAUUGCAGAGCCAGGACAGUUUUGGGAGGUGGAUAGACGGCAUUUUGAUUGAAUCUCCAGGCUCUGUAAUCGAUCCAUUGCUUGAAACAUCAAUUUUGCCAGCUCAAGAUUCAUUUGUUUCUCCAGCAACUGGUCAUAAUCUUCAAUCUUCUGUUCAAGAGCACAUGUUUAAUAUAACUGAUGUGUCACCUGAAUGGGCUUAUUCAAAUGAAAAGACAAAGAUUCUAGUCACUGGCUUCUUUCAUGAACAGUAUCAACAGUUUGCAAAGUACAACCUACUUUGUGUCUGUGGUGAUGUAUGUGUUCCUGCCGAAUUUAUUCAAAUUGGGGUGUAUCGCUGUUUGGUUCCACCACAUUCCCCUGGAUUCGUAAACCUUUUUCUGAGUGUAGAUGGCCACAAACCCAUCAGCCAAAUUGUAAAUUUGGAAUAUCGUGCCCCUGUAAUUAGUGAGCCAGUUACUACUUUGGAUGUGAAGAACAACUGGGAUAAAUUUCGACUGCAGAUGCGGCUUGCACAUUUACUUUUCUCCUCAUCUAAGUGCCUCAACAUUCUAUCUAGUAAAGUAUCACCUAUUACACUGAAGGAGGCAAAGAAGUUUGUGGAAAAAAUUCCCAACUUUCCUAAAGCCUGGGAUAAGUUCAUCAAUUCAACUGGAGAUGGGAAAACUCUGUUUCCACAAGCACAGGAUAAACUAUUCAAUCUCAUUUUAAGGGACAGGCUGAAAGAUUGGCUAGUUGAAAAAGUCAUUGAGGGGUCUAAGCCCACUGAAUUUGAUGUUCACGGUCAAAGCAUAAUCCAUCUAUGUGCCAUUCUUGGAUAUUCAUGGGCCAUCCAUUUGUUUUCAAUGGCAGGUUUGUCACUGGAUUUUCGCGAUAAGCAUGGUUGGACAGCUCUACAUUGGGCAGCUUAUAAUGGAAAUGACAAAAUGGUGGCAGUUCUUCUAACCUUAGGAGCAAAGCCAAACUUGGUAACGGAUCCCACUUCAGCGAACCCUGAUGGAUGUACAGCUGGUGAUCUUGCAUUGUUGAUGGGUCAUGAAGGCUUAGCUGGUUAUCUUUCAGAAAAGGCUUUGGUAGAACAAUUUAAGGAUAUGACCAUAGCUGGAAAUGCUAGCGGCACCCUUGAUACUAAUGCAAAUGACACUGUAUACCCUGAGACUCUCAGUGAAGAGCAGGUGUAUUUGAAGGAUACUUUGGCUGCUUAUCGCAACGCUGCUGAUGCAGCAGCACGUAUACAGGUUGCCUUCAGGGAGCAUUCAUUGAAAGUUCGAACUAAAGCAGUUGAGGGUUCCUCUCCGGAGGAAGAAGCACGCAGUAUAAUUGCAGCAAUGAAGAUUCAGCAUGCCUUCCGCAAUUUUGAAACCCGGAAAAAGAUUCAAGCUGCUGCUCGCAUACAAUAUAGAUUUCGUUCUUGGAAGAUUCGUAGAGAUUUUCUUAACCUGCGCCGCCAAACUAUAAAAAUCCAGGCUGCUUUCCGGGGAUUUCAAGUACGAAGGCAGUACAGAAAAAUUCUCUGGUCUGUUGGAGUCCUUGAAAAGCUUGUUCUGAGGUGGCGUUUGAAGAGAAAGGGCUUUCGAGGACUCCAGGUUCCCCCAGUCGAAGAACAGGGCAGGGAAAGCGACACCGAAGAAGAUUUCUAUAAAGCUAGCCAGAAACAAGCUGGCGAACGCGUCGGGAGAUCAAUGGUGCAGGUGAAGAAUAUGUUUGCUUCAACGAAAGCACAAGAAGAAUAUCACAGGAUGAAAGUUGCACAUAAUCAAGUCAAGCUCGAAUAUGAAGACCUUUUCGAUCCUGAUUCCGACAUAACCAGUUGAAGGAAGACAAAAACAGCCACAGGUUUCACUUAUUAGCUUCAGACAAAAUGUGAAUGAAUGAAUAUAGGCAUGUAUCAAAGUUGACCUACGUCUGCAGUUGUGUAGCCUGUAAAUAUUGUAAAUGCUUAGAAUUAUGUUAUAUCAGAUCUGCCCUUUAGUCCCUUUUUAAACUAUAUUUUAACGUUUUAAGGGGUCGUUUCAGUGUCCAACUUUUAAUGUCUUUUUUUGGUUUUUGAUUUUCUUGUUAAUGGGUUCACUGACUUUAGGCUAAUAUUUUGCUAAUGGUAUGAACUAUGAAGGUUGACAGACCACAAGCUUGCCUUUUUAGCA